GACAUUUUUAGUAAGAGUCUGUACAAUCAUUAAACGGCUCCGGCGUAUUAAAAAAAUCCGAUUCGGAUGGCAAGGAAAACAGUCCUUGCGGCCGCACUUUCCAUUCUUCCAGAGCGGAAAACCAUUCACAAAUUUGCGGAAAGACGGACCAAUCAGAAAGUCCUGUGCGCUCUGCAGACUAGACUAGACUUGCGUGCACCUGCGCGAGAUAAACGUGGAGGAAAAUAUAGCUCUAGAACUAGUUUUUAACACGCUUAAAGAUGUUGAAUGAUUAAAAAUAUUUAAAUAAAAACAAAAGCUGGGUAUUUUAAUUGACGCAAUUCGAAUUGUUAAGACGUGACAAAUUUUGCUCAAGUCGCGUGCGUUUAAUUAUUUAUAGAGCAGCUAGACUGGUAAAGAAAAGUAUCGGGUAACGUGUGAAUAAAAUAGAAAAGGGAGCUAACGUGUGUAGAACUAAAUUUUGAGAUUCGCGACGAAGCUCCUUUUCCGAGCAUACACAUGGGACAAUAUGCACUAAAUUAAUAUUUGAGUUUGCACUCAUACAAACUUUGUUUUCAUUGUAACACACUUGGUUUGAAGCGAUAUUUCUACCACACAGAUUAUUGAGAGGGAAAAUAGUGGACAAAUGUCUCUGAUUACGGGGAAGGCGGAACCCAACGAGAAAUAGCUGAUAGUGGGCGAUAUUGCAGGGAAGGGUUUAUGUUUCGGACCGAACAUGGCUACGUUCGGCGGCCGUGCUCUUCGCGCUGAUACUUCAGUUAGACAAACGCAGUCUAAUUUUGUAUCGCCUCAGAAAAUUAGAGAACUGCUUAAUGAGGGUGUGGUCAAUGAGCAGAGUGGAUCAAACAGUGAGCAAGGAAAGUCUAGCAUAAUCCCUUCCAAUGGCGUCGGAAAAUCUCCAUGCGAGGCAACCAACAAAGAUGCGUUUUUCUCAAGAGUCGGCUCGUACACUUGUCUGAAAUGGCCUGGCAAGCCGCGUGCCCUCUCCCCGCUGCGCUGUGCCAGGUAUGGCUGGAUUAAUGUGGACUGUGACAUGCUUAAGUGCUCCACUUGCCAGGCCUUCCUCUGUGCCUCCAUCCAGCCCGCUUCAGACUAUCAAAAAUAUGAAGAGCGCAUAUCUGAGAUUACCCGACAACUGCAGACCCAGCAUGAGAAGUUCUGCUCUUGGCCUGACUUUCCAUGCCCAAGCAGGUUCUCUCUCAUUCCGGUCAGUGAACCUGCGGUUCUGCUCAGCACGUUCUUGGAGCGUUUCCAGAGCACCCUGGUUCUGGAUCAGCAACUUCCCGCUAUGAAGCCACAGCAACUCCAAUGCAUGGCCCUGACUGAAGAUGCGAUCAGUGCACUGCUGCAGCUGAUUGAGGACGAGAGGAAGAAGAGGGGUACGGCCGUCACCUCGCCCCUACGGAUGCCCUCGGAGCCACUCUCGGUACAGGUGGCCGCCUGCAUCGUAGCCCUCUGCGGAUGGGCCGCAAGCUCAGCCCAGCUGUCCAUGAACCUGCCUAUCCUCACCUGCUCCUACUGCAUGCGCAAGGUGGGGCUGUGGAACUUCCUGCAGAUGGAGAACGUGUCUGUGGGCGACCGGGACUCCCCUCGCGUGGGCCCCUCGCCGCCCACCACCCCCAGGCCCGGCCAGGAGGGGGGCACAGGUGACGGUAGGACCACGCCCACCUUCUCGUCACCGUCCCCAUCCCCAACGCUCUCCAGAAUGAAGCUGCGCAGCCAGGACUCCUCCCGCUCGGAGUCGGUGGAGGGUAAUGCGUCUCCCCUGUCAGUGCGCACCCGCAGCCGAGACACGCCGAGCCCUAGCGAGGAGCUGACGAGCCCCCUGGCAGCAGUGGCAGCGGCAGCUACGGCAGGAGUGGGGCGCGGCAAGAGGCCCCAGACCCGAAGCCGAGGUGGAGGUGCAGGAGGAGGAGGAGGAGGUGGACCCGGACCCGGACCCGGACCCGGACCCAGCGAGAUGCCCUCCAGCCCACAGCCCAUGCUCAAACGACCACGUCUCUCCUCUUCCCACAGCCCUGAGGGCCCCAUGAAUAGGAACGCGUUUGACCCCAUCGGCCAGCACAGAGACUGGUGCCCCUGGGUGUGUGUCCCCAGGAAGGAGGAGGACGAGACGUCGCCGCGGCCCUCCUUGGCAAGCGGGAACGGCGGCAGCUCCCUGCCCCUGGGAAGCGAGGCUGAGCGGCCGCAGCCUGGCUGGAAAGCGGCCCUCACCCUCUUCCUCUCCAUGAAGCACAGCCUCCACCCCGUGGGAGCCAGCCCCUCACAGGCUGCUCGAGACAAGUCGAAACGUGUGUUUACAAUACUCCGACAGUGGCAGUCCCACUCUACAUAAAGCUCCCUGGUUGAAUGUGAACGGAACAGAGAUCUGGAUUGGUUUUAUGCUGUGUGCUCUGCCCUGAAGACUGGCAUUGUUUGUUGUGUUUUAUCUCGUCUAUCGUGGUCUCUAGCCGACUAAGUCCUGUUGUCCGUUGUGAUAGAGGUAGGUAAGGAAAUGGGUGAAGAUUUUUUUCCACGAUUGAACACUCAUGGGGUGUGUGUGUUUGCUUCUUCCGUCGUUUUUUAGGGAUUGUGGUCACUGUUCAAAGGCUAAGAAUCCUGACGUGAGCAAAGGUGACUCCCCCAUUUGACGCGUGUGUGUGUGCGUGUGUGUGUGUUUAGAGAUUUGGGGUGGUUUAUAACGAUAAACUCAAUACAAUAUACACUCACAAACAGCUUAACUUUUAUGAUAUGGACAGUACAUAUGAAGUAGAGCUACACAUUGUCUGACUUGACCCUGAUUUCCCUCUCAUGUACAAUAAUACACGUUGACACUGAACGCACACGCCAUACAACAUGCAUUCAUGUUACAUGCACACACCAAAUCCAUGCAUAUGAGGGAUUGUGACUUCACUAACUUUUAAACUACAGUAAUAGUAGGAUGGUGAGAUGUCGAUAGGCUACACUGGAAAUGAUAACGAUGAACAAAAACGUCCUGUUUCUGGAAGUGCCGUAAGUAUUUCAAUUCUGCAAAGGUGGGACGUUAUACCAAUGCGAUUUUUGCUCAACCUGAAGCUGUGAGGAAGCUUUUUAAAGGCAUUCUUGUGUGUCUUUUUAUGAGAAGUAAACUAGGCAUGGGUUGGAUUUGGGUGGUGUUUUUUUUUUCUUUUUUUAUCUCAAAAAUGUAAAUGUCUGCCUUUUUGUAUGUGAAACGCUAAAUGGUCCGAGAUUGUACUUUUUUUCAAGUAGACAAUGUUGGAGUAAGACGAUAACGUGCCAUAGAAAUACAGAAUGUUUUAUGAGGGAGAAUACAUGCUUCAUUUUCUUUUUUUUUCCUGUGAAUGCUUCAAUUUUUUUUUCCUAGCUGAUUCUGACUCUCUGUCUUGCAUGCACUUUUAGUCUUACUUGUCUUUCAAGGGCAUUUAAUAAAUGCAAUCGUCUGCCUUCUUUUUUUCUAAAUCUGCA